UAUGUAAAGUACUGUUCCCAGAAUCUUGGAGCAGAUGUGGCUGAUUUCUGAGGGAUGGGUACUAGAAAAAAAUAAUCGUGCGGCACUGGAUUUGUGGCAGUGACUUCAGAACUAUAAGUAUGGUUAUUACUUUUUUUUCAUAUGUGAAAGAUUGGCUUAGUUUCUAGUCUAAGGGAAAUAACCAGCAAACACAAGAGCAGCUUGGUUUGUCAAACAAGAUUCAUUUUUCAAGACUUUGCUUCUGUUUCCUCAUGAAUUAGUCUUCUCUUUCUGCUGUGGCAAAUCUGGGAAGGGUCAUCUAGAACGUUCUUUUCAUAUCUCUGCAGCCCAAGUUUUCCGUUACCAUAGAGAUCUCUAUGGGCUUUGCCCAGCCCUGCAGUGAACAUAUCCCAAGUAAUUAAACAAACAGAAACACGCUAAGGCUAAGUAUCUGUUACUCGGACCGUUGCUGCCAUCAUCAUCUUUGGAGAAAAAGCUAACAUAAUUGAUGAGGAAAAACAGAAAGCUAUGAUGGACAAAAGAACAUAUGUUUGCCUUGUAGUCUCCAUCAUACUGAAGGCAGUUUCACUUCAGACUAAAGACUACAUCCCAGCAAUGAAUAGCACACCUAGGACUGAAAGGCUGACUGUUUCCAGUACAGAAGCAGACAACAUCACUAUAUUGCAGAAUGGAAGUGCCAGCUUGAGUACAUUCACAACAACAGUGAAUAUUACCAACUUUCCUACGCUUCUACAAAGCACCCAUUCUCCUCAUACAGAAACAUCAGCUAUCACUGCUGAAGCCAAAACUGAGAUGACAUUUCCAACAGAGUCAUUCUCUACUAAUUCUACACAUCAAGCCACAGUUGUAGAUUUCAAUGUCACAACUUCAGCUACCACAUUAAAACCGACAGUCCAGCCUUCUAAAACUGCACCACUGAUCAGCAGCAAUUCAGUUUCAGCAAUUCAGUUUCCAGCAGAAGGAUCCGGUUUGAGCAAUUCAGAUACCAUCCUCACCAUAUUUUUUGCCAUUGUUCUCGCACUGACAAUUCUCGGAUUCAUUAUAUAUAUUUUCAAUAAAUAUCGAAAACGAAGAGACCAAUUUUCCCAUCAUCCACUAUAUGAUGCCUCUUUUGAAACAGUGGACAGAUAUGCUACUCCAGAUGACACACUUGUAAUAUCAGGAGGCUUAUAUGAUGCACCAAGAAUUUCUAAUUCCAACAUGACAGUGUAUGAUGAUGAUGAGCUUCAGAUUGAUCAGUUACCAUUUAGUGCUCAACCUGGACAAUACAGACUGGAGUUUUUGCCUGGUGAAAAAGAAGUGGACUUUUCUUCAACUUAUGAGGGAACAUUUCAGAUACCACCAGGAGGCAUAUAAUUGUUGGAACACAGGAACUCUUUUAAAGUGGCUUCAAUAAAUAUUUGAACGUCUAUCCAGCUCAAUAAAAAUAAGAAAAUAAAAUUAAUAAAGUAUAUUUAUUUGAAAACAAGGAACAUUUACAGCAAUGGAAUACAGUUAUCUGCUACUCAGUGACAACAAAUGACUUUCAAUUUCUUUUUUAAAAAUUAGGUUUAAAAUUCAUACAUUGUCAAAUAGAUAAAUUUUAAUUUGAUUACAACUCAACAAACUUCUACAAAAGAAAAACUCCAGAUACAUACAUUUAACCUUAAACAUUAACUUAUUAUCAAAAUAAUAUACGUUUCCCCAUUUUCCCACCCUCCUACUUCCCCUCCUGACUCCCCUCCCUCAUGUGUGAUCUCAAUCUAUUAAAUUGAUAAGUUCCUAUUUUGAUUUUCAGUUGUGUUACAUUUUUAUUAUUACCCUCCUUUUUCAAAUCAUUUUUUCUCCAUGUGCUAUUUUGCAUCUUAUUUUACAACAAUUCCAUUCCAGAGCAAUACUUUCCCAGAAUUUUUUUUGUUGGGGUUAAUAGCAGAGAAGAUCCCUUUAAAAAGCAGACUCAGGACACACUAUCUAUUUUUUAAAAAAAACUUACUGGGACAAAAAUGUAAUGAAGGCAGAGUAUUCAAAUAUGGUAAGCUAAACAAUUAGUUCAACAUUACAGUAAGUUUCACUUAUGCAAAAAGUUUUCCAGCUUCUUUCAUUUUUUUCUUUCUAUCCGCUUUGGAGAUUGCAGUCCAUCCAGCAUCUCGGACCUUUCUUAAAGCUGUAACCUUAACAGAAGAUCCAGGAGUUUUCAAAGUUGGUGGCAUGGGAUCCUGUACACAAAAUUGAAAACUUCACUUAAUUUUAUUAACACGGCAAUUGUGAUAUAUGUUUUGGCUUUUAGUAAAAUUGUGAAGAUACCUUUUUUGGUGUCAUGACAUAUAGGCGAGAAGUUUGUGGAUAAUCGUUAUACAGCUUUUUAAACAUUUCUUCCUCUGACACGAUGCUCUUGAAAAGAAAUUGUUUUUAAAAAAAUAAAAUAAAAUAAAUGCAUAGUAACAUCUAGAGUCUUUCCUUUCAUUUUUCAAUAUACACUAUGGAAAAAUUAUUUCAUUACACACAUCCAGUUUAAGAAUAAGGAGAAACAUCCUAUGACUUUUUAAACCUAGAGGCCCUAGUUCACAGAUGUUUGUAUGCAGCAUUAUGCUAGGCACAUAUCAACAGUACUGUGCUAGAUGGACUAUGGGUCUAACUUGAUAUAAGGCAGCUCCUUAUACUUUAUGUCAUUACUAUGUAUGUUGGUCCAGAACCAAGAAGGAAACAAAAUGUGGUAUUCAACUGAGCUUCAGUCAAAGUAGACCUAUUGAAAUCAGUAGACCUAACUUAGCCAUGUUUACUAAUUUCAUUUGGUCUACUCUGAUUAAAACUUAGUUGGACACCACACAAAGAGAAGAGCACUGAGAGGGCUUAGCUGGGAAUAGCUAAGAACUGAGGUGCAGCCACAAGGCUGGGGCUGUAUAAGCUGUUUUCUGGGAACUAAAACAGGCUGAGUGGCAAUACUCUCUGCUUUUAAGAGACUGCUUGCUUCUUGUAUGUAUAUAGGUGAAAAACAAAGAAACAAUUAUUACAAGAAUACCAUGAAUUUCUGGCUCUCUCAUUAAGGAAAUGAAACCCUAUAGCACUGCUUCUUAGACCAUCUCACUGUUCAGAGAACUGGGGAACACAUAACAAUAUUAUGCAAUCUAAAAACAAUAUUAUGUUUCAUAUAAGUAUGUAAUGGAAACUACAGAAGACUGGCUAGACAUGACUUUCAUUACACACCAAGAAAUAAUUUGGUUAGUUAUAUUACUAUAUGACAUUUCAAAUUAAGAAGAAUUUCCAAUAACAAUUAGAAAGAUCUUUGGAAAGCUCUAAAUCAGGGACACGUAAUCCUCCAGAUGUUGUUGGACUUCAGCUCUCAUAACACCCAGUUAGCAUGGCCAACAGUCAGUAAUGAUAGGAGUCCAACAUCUGCGGGGGGAGGGUCCAGUCCAAAGGGGGGAGGUAAUAAAAGAAAUUUACCAAACAUAAUAUAUGCCUCUAUCUAAGGUGUUGUUUUUUUGUUCAGACAUAUGUGAAUCUUGAGGGGGAAAUGAUCUGGCUAGGUUAGUUGUUACUUCAUUGGUUCCAAGAACAUCUGAUCAAGGAGUAGUAAUCAUCUGUUCUGAUGAGAAAAGCAGUUACUUUUUUUGGAGUGGGGGAGAUAAUCUAUGGAAUCAUUUAUAUGGCGGGGGGGCAUAUUUUAUGUUGUAAAGCAAAAGGAAUGGCAUUUGAUAGGAUAGUUACAGACAAAAAGCACUUUGAAUGCCUCUUUACAAACACACAUAUAUAUUUCUUAUUUUCAAACUAAUACCAGGAGGUCGUUGUUCUCAGAGGUAUCUGACUGAGUAUCCAGUUCUAAUAUAACUUUUCUUUUUUUCUUUGCUACUUCUUCUGAAAGUAGGCUGGUGCUUUCUCCUAGUAAUUUAGAUUUUGGAGGUGUUUUCACAGUGUAAGUCUAUAUGAAAUAAAAGAAAUAUUUUUAAAAAAUCCAUGAUGCUAAAUUAAAUUUAACCUUUUUUAAAAGAGAGAGAGAGAGACCCUUUGAAACCUAGAAGCCCUUGUUCACAGAUCCUUUUCUUCAGCAUUGUGCUAUGUACAGAUAGAAAGUACCAUCAGGCAGCUCCUUAUGCCCUGUUAUUUCUGGGCAUGUGAGACCUGUUCCAAUAUAAGAAACCAUGAAUACAGCCCCAAAAUAUGGAGAUUCAACUACAUAUGUAACAUUUUUUGUGCACAGAAGACUUGAUUUGUAAGGAAAUUUGUAGGUCUUGAUUGGUAAAAGUGAAAAACAUUUAGAUUAAUGAGAACGGAAAAUAUUAAUCCCAAAAAGAUAUGUGUAGAUUGUAACGGAGUGGUCCCUACAAACCUUCUUAGGCUUUCCCAAAAUAAAAAAUUGUUGUGAAAUAAGUGCAUGUGGUUGAAGUGGAUUCCAACUUUUUUUCUCAGCUAGCACUGCAUAAGUAUAAGCAACUUGCCUAGUGGGUGGAAAUGC